AUGUCGGUCGCUUUCGGAAACAUUGACGCAAUCGACCUCACACUCUGGAAGGUUUCCAUCCCAGCCGACAGUUUUGAGGGGAGGGUUGAACUUCAAGACCAACCAGCACUAUUGUCCUUGCAAACUUUGUCCAGCAUUUUCUCCGAUCCACCUAGUAAUCAAAACCUACACAUCGUUGUUGAUCCUCCUUUGUUCAAGCUGUACUGUCGCAUUCGUGGCCGUGACGCCAGCCACACCUUGCUAAUCAACAUUGCGAAUAAAGAGAAAGUUAUCGCCCUCAAGGAAGCCAUUCAGAAGAAAAGCCCCACCCUCGAUCGCAUUUUCGCAGACGCCAUCAUACUCUGGAUGGUUUCCAUCCCAUUCGAUGGCAGUUAUGAGGAGAAUGUGAAGAACGCUGAACUUACAGAUGCGAAUAUGCUACCAUCCAUGCAGACAUUGUCCGACGCCUUCUGGCCUCGACCUCAGGAUGGAAGUCUGCACGUCAUUGUCCAAAUUCCACAUAUUGGCAAGCGACCUCAACUUUCCGACGAGGUCGAUCUUGCGCGGAAAUCUAAACUCGCCAGAACUGCCCCUUCGUCGAUAAGCAAGCAGCCCGAGUACGGGUCAUUGCAAAGAAUGCCGAAUGAAAGGAUCUUGGACGACCGUCCUACGCUGGAUUCAAUCCCCCCAGUUUCCCUCCUAUACCAUGGCUUCGGCCGCUUCUGGGACCUCUUCAGUUCUUAUCCAGCUCUCCUGAAUAAGGAUCUACAAAACAUCGAGCUGGCUGUUGAUUCUUUUGCGGAGAAGAUGACUGAACUCUAUCCAGAUGAGGCGAUGAGGAAGAUUGAGGGCUUGCGUACUUUGAACGGAAUCCUCUCUCUUCGCAAUCGCCCUAAGCUUAUGGGUGCCGACAUUGAUGGUUCUCGCACGGAUGGUCACUAUAAUGGACCACACAACGCAGCGUCUUGCGUCGUUGAGUUCAAAAAUGAGCUCAGUGAGGCCAUCACUUUAAUGCCUGUAGUUCGGCUUGCCUCCUAUGUUGCACAUUCACACAAGGUUGCAAUGGAGCAUUCCAGUGGGGAAGCAUUAUUUAAGGGUUGGAGAGUCCCAUGCCUUGGUCUGACUGUUGUUGGCCCCUAUAUUACCUUCCAUGCCGUGAUUUACCUCGGUCAGUGGCGCAUCAUCAGCCUCACCCCCACGCUAUCAUGCAUUGCAUCGGCAAGUGAAGGUCGUGACCGAAAGACACUUUAUGCUGCCUUUUUUGCUGCAUUGAGCCUGUUGAGUGACAUAGACUCUGAUGCAGCAUACUUCAUGGACACACUGCCCCAGCUUGAACAUGGUAAUUACAAAUUCCCAUAUAUUUCAAAGCUGCCUGGGUAUAACAACACCAAGGAGAUCAAUUUCCAGAUUCUUGAGCUUCAUCCCGAUGUACAUGAUGGCCGCCAUCUGUACAUUGCCAAUCUGGGCACAAAGCAAAUCAUUGUAAAAUUUGCGCAUCAGUACUCAAUUGAACUACAUGCUUUGUGUGCAAAUGAAGGGCAUGCUCCGAAAAUUCUUGGCUAUGAGGAACUACCAGGAGGUUGGUUUGGCAUUGCCAUGGAUUACAUCACCCCCACUGUACACCCCCUUGAAUCUGACAACCUUGUGGAUCACUACGAGAAGUGGGCAGAUGAAUUGUGCAAGCUCAUGCAAAUUUUCCAUGAUGCUAACUUUGUUCAUGGGGACCUCCGCGAACCAAACAUCCUUUGCAGUGAAGACAAGGUGAUGUUAAUUGACUUUGAUUGGGGUGGGAAGGUUGGGGAGGUACAGUAUCCAUCACAGCGACUGUGUCCUGAGCUCAUGGAUGGGCGAGGUGAUGAGGAUUUGGAGAUCAAGAAAGCUGAUGAUGUCCGGAUUCUAGGAAACACUCUCCAAACACUUAAAGAAAAGGCAGGUUACUCUUGA